AUGAGUGAUUAUGGAGGACUAGGAAUAGUUCUUGAAGAAACUGAAAAUAGUAUAUCCAAUCUAAGUAACCAACUCAAACAACAACUACUGCAAAAACGUACUAGUUUAUCUUCAUCACGACAAUCAAGUGUCGUUAGUUUAUCCAAAACCAUUUCCCAAAAGCCAUCAUCAUCAACUUCUUUAUACAACUCACCAUCAACAACUACAAGUAUAAAUAAUGACUGUACCGAAGAACAAAUAGUAGUUGAAGAAGAAGAAGACCAUGAACAUGAAAACUCACACACAAAUUUUGAUACACCACGCCUUAAUCAUGCGAAGGCAAACACAACCACUGAAAGUUUAUUGCCUCCUUUGCCAGAUGCAGUCGAGGACUUGAAUACACCACCAGCAUUCUCUUCAACUGCAACCAAUUAUGAAGAUAGUCUCUCUACAUCCACUGAUAAUGAUUCAAAUCACAGUAAUAUAAAUGUGAGUGACAUGUAUGUACACUCAAAAUCUUCAUUCUCAAAUUAUGCUUUGGAUUCUCCAAGUUUGUUAUUGGAUCAGCACAGCACAUUACAAAUGUUUCCUUCGUUGGGGAAAACAGGGGAAUCAUUGUCCAGUUCAAGCACCACGACUAAUAUUGUGUCCACCACAUCAACACCAGCAACUUCAGCAAUCCACCUGAGCACAGUUUCCACUGCAAAUGAAAGAACAAGUCCAUUGAAGAGAUUAAAGAAUGGUAUCAGAAAAUUGUCACUUAGUUCCAACAAUAGCAACAAUAGUAGUUCAUGUUCCACACCAACAGCACCAAAGUUUGCGCCUUUGAGCCUGCCACCAAAUAUGAUAAAUAACAAUUAUACCACCGCUAUAUCUUCUGGUGCUCCACUCAAUCCAAUUCCUUUGCGUCCAAUAUUGAGUCCAAUUCAAGUUGCAAAACCAAUGACUUCUGUUUCAAACCAAACAAAUCAAUCACAGCAACAACCCCUGCAUUCAGCAUCUUCAUCAACCUCGACUAAUUCUUCUUUUUCAUCUAAGAUUGAACGUGCACGUGCUUUGAGUCAAGGAACAACAAUUUUCACACCAGUAACACCACCAGUUGCAUCUCCAGUGAUAACCAUCGGUGAUGAUUUAAGCAAUGGUAAGAAGACAUUAUCCAAAAUUGAGCAAAGUUACUUUGAUUCCAAUCAAGUCAAUUCAGUUGAUGAAUUGAUCACAGUUGACGAUUUAUUAAAUUACCUGCAAUUCUUGAUCCAGCAAAGAACUGUUUUAGAUGAUGUUUUCCAGAAAACCAAAGAGAAGUUACAAGCCAGUGGUUGGUGUUCUGAGCAUGAUUUGAAUAAUUUGCAAUUACAACAGGAUUCAUCAAGAUGUCAGAUCGAUACUUCAUUAUUGAAGAUCGAAGAACGAUUGAAUAGAGAGUUUUCCUGUUCAGUAUUGGGCAAUGAUCAUAGUGUUGGUGGUAUUCCAGUUGCAAAAAGAGGCCAAAAGCAUUCAAACGUAGCUACACCUACCACAACCCAUUCAAAGCAAAGUUCAAUGCUGGGAGAUGAAAGAGAAUCAACCAUUAGUCCAAGUUUGAAAGUUUUAGAAAGCAGAUGUAUCUCAUUUACUGAUCUUUAG